AUGCAGUUAUUUUUCGUGGUUAUAUGUCUUUCUUUCUUCCCCUUCCCCUCUGGCUUUGGUGCUGCUCCAGGGGAGCGCCUGGCGAGCUUGGUGGACCCCGCGCUGAGCCCCUGCGACAACUUCUACGACUACACGUGCGCCACCUGGGCCGAGGAACAUCCAGUACCCAGGGGUGCCGACCGAGUCUCUUACCGCUCCAGCCUGGUCGACUAUGUCGAGAAGAGGCUCGACGAGAUCGUACGAGCCGAACUGCGGAAGGUGCUGUCGAUGCCCCUGGCUUUCAACUUCUUGUCGAGCCACGUCAAGGCCAUCCUCAUGAGGAACGCCUGCAUGGAAGUCGAACGGCUCAACGACCGCGGCUUGAGCCCUCUUCGGGAAGUGCUUCAGACGCUGCACCUCCCCGAGUGGCCCACGGUCAAGAUCGAGUUCGACGGCUCGCAGAUUGAGGACGUGGCCGGGGCCUUGGGCUCGCGCCUGGGGCUCUUCCCCCUGGCGUCCGUCGACGUGGUCAGGGACCCCGAGAGACCCGACAAAUUCCUGAUUGCGCUGGACGACCCUUCACGGGAAGUGUUCCGGAGGGGCGCCUUCCUGAGGAAUGAGCGAGAGGCGCUCGAAUAUGAAUCCCUGGUGCGGAAGGCCUUCGACAAACUGGGCAACCCGGCUCUGUCAGACCUCCUCGGAUCCGCGGUCCUGGGACUCGAGGACGAAAUCUCGCAGGCGUUAGGACCUACGAUGCAACCCGAAGACAGGGUCAAUCUUUUUGGGAAAAUGUCUGUUGCGGACCUGCCAACGUGUAGCAAGUUCCGCUGGCUCAAAUUUCUGAACCGAACGAUGGAGAAGGUGAGGCCCGUGCACCGGGACAACAAUGUCCUGGUACGGAACCUGCCUUACCUGAAGAAGCUCGUCGAGAUCUUGGAAGGUCGCCAAAGGCGUACCAUCAUCAACUACCUGGGCCUGAAGGCGUUGCUGGUGUUCUCUCCUCUGCUGCCUACCAACACCGAGGGCGCCAUCGCCGGCCUGUACGGCAGGCUGCUCACGGGCAGGGCGCCGCAGCAGCUGCCUCGCUGGAGGUUGUGCCUCAGGGCAGCAGAGGACGCCAUGCCCUUCGCCUUCCUCAGCAUGUACCACAACGUCUUCGUCAAGGAGCACAACGUCCUGCAGUUGCGGGCUUCGUUGAGCAAGAUGAAGGACCUCUUGGGAGCUUCCUUGGAAGAUAUCACCUGGCUGAGCUCUAGGGACACCCCGAAAGCAUUAGACAAGCUGAAACGGGUGGACUUCGUCGAAUUCUUUCCUGGGUGGGUAAUGAGCGAAGAAGAGCGGAAUGUCUUCUACGAAUCGGUACGAGACGUUCCCGUGGGCAACCUACUGAGAAGCGUGAUGAGUGCCAAGACCGCUCACAUCGACAAUCGUUUCCGUCGCCUUCUCUAUAACCCCAAGCACGUCGGGUGGUUCGGGUCGGUGUUCGAUGUCCACGUGACCUAUGACCCGCAGAACAACACAUUGUACGUCCCGAUGGCAAUGUUUGCUGAACCCAUGGGCUUCGACAGCACCGAGACUCCACUGUACAUUCCUCGCGUGCUGGCCGACAUGGCGCACAAGCUGAUGGGCGUUGUCACCGGCCUGGGUUCGCUGUACGACGGGAACAACGGCGUCGGGAGCUGGUGGACCUUGGGCACGGCCGACGUCUACUCCAACUAUAGUCGCUGUCUCUCGCGGCAGUACAACGCAUCACUGGAUUUCGGCAAAGCCGCCAAGCACUACAGCGCCAAGACGGUGGAAUCCAACGUGAGGGAUAAUGCAGCCCUUCCUUUCCUCCAAAAGAUGUUCACUCAGCAUCUCAGGGAGAGGGGCAUCAAGGGAAACUUCAUGCUGCCCAAUCUGGCCAAUGUUACCAAGAUGCAGCUCUUCUACAUAGCCUUUGCCAUGGGGUUUUGCGAAAACUCCAUUGACGGCUUCGUUCAAACUCACAUCAAAACGUCAACGGAAGCCCUAGCCAGGCACAGGGUGAACAUUCCGCUCUGGAACAUCGACGGGUUCGGCGACGCCUUCCGCUGCAUAAAAGGAUCCGCCAUGAACCCGCGCCAGAAGUGCAAGUUCUGGAGGUUUCAAUAA